AUUUAACAGAGGGGUCUGCGCCCUGAGUGAGUUGUAAUUUCUGCGAGCUGCGGACACAACGUGAUCCCGCACGCCGAUACGGUCCUAUAUUCUCCCUCCCUCUCAGCCGAGCCGCGCGAUCCGUACUUAGGCCCUGGGGAGCUCUCUGCUGCGCAUGCGCAUCGCUGGGACUGUGGCCGACAAGCCCAUCGGAGAUGGGGCAGAAUCAGGCCAUUUGGCCCGUCGAGUCUGCUCCGCCAUUUCAUCGUGGCUAGUCCACUUUCCCACACCGCCCCAAUCUCUUCAUGCCCCGACUAAUCAAAAAUCCAUCAAACUUUGCCUUAAAGAUACCCAAUGAUUUGCCUUCCACAGCCGCCUAUGAUAACGAAUUCACAGAUUCACCAUUCUCUGGCUGAAGAAAUUCUUCCUCAUCUCCUUUCUAAGGCUCCAUAUACACUCCAGCCAUGCCUUUCAACAUUAGGUUGAAGACAGCAAGGAAUUGGUAUCCUGGAAUCUCAAACAAAUCAAUAAGGGAUUCACUCACUCAGUGCGACCCACAGACACCUCAGUGAGUUCACAGUGCGGAGAGAGCCCCUAACGCCUGCUUUGUGUGAGAGAAGGGAUUCACUCACUCAACCGAUCCACGAAUACACCAGUGAGUUAACAGUACGUAGAGAUGCCAUUUACCUGCUCUGUGUUUGGGAUGGGAUUCACACACUCAGCCGAACUGCAGACCCACCAGUGAGUUUACACAGGGGAGAAGCCAUUCACCCGCUCUGUGUGUGGGAGGGAUCUGUUCAGUCAUCCAGCCUGAAGAUCCAUCAGUACAUUCACAGCAUACUGAGAGGUUCAUCUGUUCUGACUUCGGGGAGCGAUUCAUUCUGUCAUCCGAGCUGAAGAUCCAUCAGAAAAUUCACACGGGGUGAGAGGCCGUUCACCAGUUCCGUGUCUGGGAAGACAUUCACUCACUCAGCCCACCCACAGACACACUAGUGAGUUCACAAGGGAGACAGCCUGUCCUGUGUGUGAAAACUCGGUCAUCUGAUCCACUGACAAACGAGUGGGUUUACACUGGACAGAGGGCGUACGUCUGCCCAGACUGUGGGAAGGGACUCACUCACUCAUCCAACCUACAGACACACCAAACAGUUCACACUGGGGAGAUGGCAUUCGCCUGCUCAGACUGUGGGAAGGGAUUCAGUCAGUCAUCUUACCUACUGAAACACCAGUUAGUUCACACCGGAGAGAAACCAUUCGCCUGCUCAGACUGUGGGAAACGAUUCACUCGGUCGUUUCAUCUGAAGUUACACCAGUCAGUUCACACAGGAGUGAGGCCCUUCACCUGCUCUGAAUGUGGGAAGGGAUUCACUCGGCCAUCCUACCUACAUUUACACCAGCGGGUUCACACUGGGGAGAGGCCGUUUACCUGCUCAGACUGUGGGAAAGGAUUCACUCGGUCAUCUUCCCUACUGGAACACCAGCAAGUUCACACUGGGGAAAGGCUGUUCACCUGCUCCGACUGUGGAAAGGGAUACACUCAGUUAAGCCAUCUACAGAGACACCGGUUAGUUCACACUGGGGAGAGGCCGUUCAUCUGCUCAGACUGUGGGAAGGGAUUUAUUCUGUCAUGUGAACUAAAGGAUCAUCAGCGAGUUCACACGGGACAGAUGCUGUACACCUGCUCUGAAUGUGGGAAGGGAUUCAAUCGGCCGUCCCUCCUAUACACACACCAGCGGGUUCACACUGGGGAGAAGCCAUUCACCUGCUCACAUUGUGGGAAGGGGUUUGCUGAAGCAUCCACACUGAAGCGACACCAGCGAGUUCACACGGGGGAGAAGCCGUUCACCUGCUCUGAAUGUGGGAAGGCAUUCACGAGUGCAUUCGGCCUACAAAGACACCAGUCAGUUCACACUGGGGAGAAACCAUUCAUCUGCUCAUAUUGUGGCAAGGGAUUCCCUGUGUCCUCUGAGCUGAAUCUACACCAGCGAAUUCACACUGGAGAGAGGCCAUUCAUCUGCUCUGAAUGUGGGAAGGGAUUCACUAGCUCGUUUGUCCUCCGUAGGCACCAGUCAGUUCACGCUGGGGAGAAACCAUUCACCUGUUCAGAUUGUGGGAAGGGAUUCCCUUACUCAACUCAGCUGAAACUACACCGUCGAGUUCACACUGGGGAGCGACCGUUCAUCUGCUCUGAAUGUGGGAAAGGAUUCAGUCAGUCAUCCAGCCUUGUGACGCACUACCGAGUUCAUACUGGGAAAAGUGUGAAAUACCGCCGCAGCCAGAUACUUUUAAUGGCACCUUAUAUCCCAGAGUUCUCCGCGCUUCAGAAUUCGCCUUCGGGUGAGGCAGCGAUCAAAUGCGCAGGCGCAGCUGCCGCCAAGCAGCCCGAAAUUCGCGCAUGCGCUCAGUGGACGAAAGGGCUCUGGAAAAUCGGCAGCAGUGGGUUUACACUGGACAGAGGGCGUAUGUCUGCCCAGACUUUGAAGGGAUUCACUCACUCAUCCAACCUACAGAUACACCAAACAGUUCACACUGGGGAGAUGGCAUUCGCCUGCUCAGACUGUGGGAAGGGAUUCAGUCAGUCAUCUUACCUACUGAAGCACCAGUUAGUUCACACUGGAGAGAAACCAUUCGCCUGUUCAGACUGUGGGAAGCAAUUCACUCGGUCGUUUCAUCUGAAGCUACACCAGUCAGUUCACACAGGAGUGAGGCCCUUCACCUGCUCUGAAUGUGGGAAGGGAUUCACUCGGCCAUCCUACCUACAUUUACAUCAGCGGGUUCACACUGGGGAGAGGCCGUUCACCUGCUCAGACUGUGGGAAGGGAUUCACUCGGUCAUCUUCCCUACUGGAACACCAGCAAGUUCACACUGGGGACAGGUUGUACACCUGCUCCGACUGUGGGAAGGGAUACACUCAGUUAAGCCAUCUGCAGAGACACCGGUUAGUUCACACUGGGGAGAGGCCGUUCAUCUGCUCAGACUGUGGGAAGGGAUUCAUCCAGUCGUGUGAACUGAAGGAUCAUCAGCGAGUUCACACGGGACAGAUGCUGUACACCUGCUCUGAAUGUGGGAAGGGAUUCAAUCGGCCGUCCCUCCUAUACACACACCAGCGGGUUCACACUGGGGAGAAGCCAUUCACCUGCUCACAUUGUGGGAAGGGGUUCGCUGAAGCAUCCAAACUGAAGCAACACCAGCGAGUUCACACGGGGGAGAAGCCGUUCACCUGCUCUGAAUGUGGGAAAAGAUUCCGUUACUCAACUCAACUGAAGCCACACCAGCGAGUUCACACUAGGGAGAAACCAUUCACCUGCUCAGAUUGUGGCAAGAGAUUCACUGAAGCAUCUAAACUAAAGCACCACCAGCGAGUUCACUCAGGGGAGAAACUAUUCCCCUGCUCUGAAUGUGGGAAGAGAUUCCGUUACUCAACUCAACUGAGGGUACACCAGCGAGUUCACACUGGGGAGCGACCGUUCAUCUGCUCCGAAUGUGGGAAGGGAUUCACUAGCUUAUUCAGCCUACAAAGACACCGGUCAGUUCACACUGGGGAGAAACCGUUCAUCUGCUCUGAAUGUGGGAAGGGAUUCAGUCAGUCGUCCAACCUUGUGACGCACUACCGAGUUCACACUGGGAAAAAUGUGAAAUAAGUUGCAUGCUGGAUAUUUAACCAUGACAGUGGCUGAGUCCAGAGCGAGCGAGUUCAAAAGUGACUUGAUGUUGAACUCUGCAAUUAUUGCUGCUGGUUGUCACACCCAGUUCUGCAGCUGGAUCACUGGGUUUUGCAGGAGUUUCUUCUGCUGAUGUUCACCUUAAUGCGUCUGGAGUUUAAUAUUCUGGAUC